UUACUAUAUAUAAGGACACCUCACCAGUCACCUCCCUCCAGCCACACUACAGUACUAUUGUGAAACCAAGAUCGGAGAAAUGGCGGAAUCUGAGGAAGUGGCCAAGGUUACCAACCGCGACAUCGAGGUCCAAAUCACCGGCGACGGCCACGGCGAUGACCACGGAUACCACCUUGGCGCCGUUCUCCGAGACUUGUUGGCCGGAAUAGCUGCCGACGGGAAAACGCCGCUUUCCCAUCGCAUCCGAGUCUCUCUGUCCUCCAACGCUCCUCGCCUCAAAGACGCGUCAAGGAACUCUGCUCAAGCUCUUGUAAAAUGGACUCGACAGGGCAGCGCUGCUCGUGUUCUUCUCGUUAUCUCGGUUGGGACAAUCACACUGUUGGCUUUGACAGGAUUGCUGGUCUUUACGCUUUUCUUUUUGGUGGCAACAUUAAAUGCAGUCGUUAUAUCCCUUCUGAUGUCUCUGGCAGCAGCUGGUGGAUUUUUAGCCCUUUUCUUUGUCUUCACAACGGCAAUAUAUGUUGGAGCACUAUCUGUUGCAGCGUUCUUUAUUUCAUCCAUAGUUACAUUAACAAUCAUUGGAGUCAUUAUAGCGACUGGAUGGGUUGGAUUCAUAUGGGUUGCUUGGAUUGCUGCGAAGAAGAGCUUGGAUGUAACAAAGCAUUCAAUUAGAUACACUGGAUCGGCAAUUUCAAACUAUUCUGCUUCUCGAUUUCCCACUCAUAAAGCCUCCUUUAAAUCUGAUAAUGACAAGUAUGAUUAGCCUAAUUUCAUUAGUCUAAUAAAUAAAAAUGUUUUCUAUCCGACAAUCUAUUUCUCCUUAGUCAGCUUUUGUAUUCUGAACCAUAUGAAAUACCCAGUUUGAUAAUAUUGUGCUCUGUGAAUGUUCUGUGCUUGAGAACCCAAACGAUGCUUUUUUAAUAGUUAUGUGUUUCUUGUAUAAUUCACUUCUGGGCAUAUAUGAUCAGCUUGGAGCUUCUUAAUC